GAAGAAUCCAUGGCUUCUCUCAUGUGGCAAACGCCUCCAACACUUUCUUCACCUAGGAAGCUCGGUCUAUUUCUUCUUCAACAUAAUCCUCUCACCUCUAUAAUCUCUUUACCGACCCAUAAAAGAAAUCCAAGCUAUCUUACUCUCAAUCUCUGUCGCUGCUCAUCGUCGUCAGCCAUGACAGUGCCGAGCAGCCCAAAGAAGAAGAGAACAAAGUACAGGAAACAGUACCCAGGAGAGAGCGUUGGGAUAACCGAAGAAAUGAGAUUCGUCGCCAUGAGAUUACGCAACGCUAAUGUAAAGAAAGUAGACCCUGAAAACGACGAGGAAGGAGAGAAAGGCGAUGAUGAGUUGGAGGGAGAGACAUGGAGUCCGAGCAAGGAAGGCUUUCUUAACUUCUUGGUUGAUAGCAAGCUUGUCUUCGACACUAUCGAACGUAUUGUAGACGAAUCCGAGGAUGUGUCCUAUGCUUACUUUAGGAGAACAGGGUUGGAGCGAGGUGAGGGUCUUGAGAGAGAUCUAGAAUGGUUUAGAACAGCACAAGAUAUGGCGAUACCGGAACCAAGUCAGGUUGGAGUAGCGUAUGCAAAGUACUUGGAAGAAGAGGCAAAAGAGAAUGCAUCUUUGUUUCUUUCUCAUUUCUACAGUAUCUACUUCUCACACAUCGCUGGUGGUCAAGUUAUAGUAAGACAGGUAUCAGAGAAGCUUCUCGAAGGGAAAGAACUGGAUUUUAAUAGGUGGGAAGGGGAUGCACAAGACUUGCUUAAAGGCGUCCGUGAGAAGCUCAAUGUACUCGGGGAGCAUUGGACUCGGGACGAGAAAAACAAAUGCUUGAAGGAAACCGCAAAGGCAUAUAAGUAUAUGGGGCAGAUAGUUCGCUUGAUCGUCUUGUAAAACAACAAAACCGUUCGCAGUACCAGGGAGGCCUCCUUUUCACUACUCAGUAUGGUCUAGUGUGAAAUGAUUUCAAAACGUUCAUGUUAAAGAAAUUUCAGAUUGCAUUCCUCACGAGCGACCAACCUAGUGUCUGUGUGGCCAAAGAGUUUGUGUGCUUUGGUUUGAGGAAUCCUUGAUGAGAUAUUGUUGUUGCUUAGUUUAAGUCCUUUUUGCACUUGAAAACAAGCACCAAGUAUCUAAUCAUUUCAUUUUCUUAAAUAUAUUUUUGUUUAAAACAAUCUUGUUGUCGAUCUUGGCAUGGGGGCACAGAUUGACAUUGCCAUGCACUGCGAAGCUCUCGUUGACAUUAGCU